AUGCGAAUCUGUGAACGACUCUGUGUAACAAUCCCUCUUUACAACCAGCACAUACUCCAUAUUGCAUCGCAUUCUACAGGAACUAUUACUAUAACAAAUGACUUUAUCAUUAUAAAAGAGAAUAGCCGGUAUCUAGCCUUUCCUCUCUGCAUGAUCAGAAAAGUAGAAAUAAUCAAAGGGUGGAGCGUUCUUCUGCGCAUUAGAGAUGCAAAUUAUAGAGAGUUUAAACUGUAUCUAGAAAGAAAUGACGAUCUUUCCAUAGAAGGCAUACUUUUAAAUAUUGCCAGAGAAGACCCAAAGUUCAAAACAACCUAUUUUGAAGUUCUACUAGAUCUAUUGAAAAACAGCAAGUGCAUGAAUUAUAACUUAAACAAUGGGCAUGGAGACUGGUCUAUGGGAAGAUCGUCAGAGUACAGAAUAUACCUAUGCAUGAAAACAGCGGAGGGCGUGAGCCUACAGGUAAAUAAGAAUGACAGGCCAUUUAUUUGGCUUGGAUGCUUCUGUAUAUGCGGCAUGGUGAGCGCACCAGAUCUCUACCACGCAUCAGUUGAAAAAUCUAAAAAAACCUACUUUACUUCAUAUGAACAGAUAGAGAAAGACAUCCGUCGCUCUAUUUAUGAGAGUGUACCUGAUACAGUGUAUGCUGGGCUAAAAAAGGUUAUGCAAGCAUUUACUGCUUAUAAUAAUAAUGAAUACUUACAGGCGCAUUCUAUGAUUGGAGGAGUUCUUUAUAGGAUACUUGGCGAGUCUGGGUGCUUCUAUGCACUCGUCCAUAUAUUUACCAGAAUACUUCCUGAUUAUAUAGGUGCUGAAAUAUAUGGAAUGCACAGAGACCUGUUUGUGUUCAUUGAGUUUACAAAAGAGAAGUACCCAGGCCUGCACCAUAACUUAAUAGAAAAAGAAAUUGAACUGGAAAUACUUGUCACCCCAUGGAUACUUAGCUUAUUCAGCACGAUUUUUCAGAAAAAACACAUUGAAGUAAUAUUUGACUACAUCGCGUAUUAUGGGCCUAGCUUUGUUUUCAAACUCUCCCUAGCUCUUUUGGAGAGAAUGUACUUAGGCAUAUCCAGAUCAAAAAAGACAGGAUCCAUACUAAAAAUAUCUGCACAGUAUUUCUUUAAUAACACAAGCACUCCCUCUCUAAGUGACAGUGAAUUCUCUCUUCUCAUUAACUUAGCACAGACAGACAGUGUAGUUACUCCAGAGCGCGUUCACUAUAAAAGACAACAGUAUGAACUUGCGCACAGAAAAGUAUAA